AUGCAACUAAGAGAGUUCGUUACCAUAACGCUUCUGGUAAAUUCCGUCUCAGCGAUUUACCCGUAUUUCGACACACAGGAUUUCAUCUACAACAUUCCUAAAGUGUACAGGGUGUCUUUAAAUUUGGACAAGCUGCUGGAAUAUUACGAGAAGAAAACCUCGAAGGAUCCAGAAUGGUUCAUCGCUUUGGGUUUAGCCAGAGGUCAAUUGGAAUACACCAUCAACGAACUGGACAAGUCGGUUCCGCCAAAGCUUAAAGAGAACCUGCAGAACAUAACCAGAAAGAUGGACCGCAUCCGUAAUAACAUGGAUUUGUCGAAACUCGUUUACCGCAGCAAGGACUACGAAUAUGUUGCCAAGGCGAUCUUCGAGAACAUGGAUGUGCUUUCAUCUCUAAUGGAACCUAUCACGCUGGGUACGAUGGGGACGCAGAAGCCCUAUCGAUUCGACUUCGAGCAGUAUGUGCAGGAGACUAGGACCAAAAUGCCCACCAGGAAAGCGGCAGACGCGUGCACGAUGCAGCUGCUUAUAUCAGCAAUGGAGUCGCAGACGACGCAGAGCGAAGGUACUUGCGAAUUAACGCCAGAGUGCCAGGCGCAGGUGAUGAAAGGGUCGGGGCUGGCUUUCCAGCAGACGAGCAGGCUGCGUGCUGCAAUACUUUCGCGGCUCUUCGACUGCAUGGAGGGAGUCGACAUCUCCGCGCACAUUUACAAACUAUGCAUUCAAAUCUACAAAGAGACCAAAUCGCUGGAGGCCUGGAACCAUCCUCCGGGAACGAGGACCCUUUUUAUGCAACAGAUUCUCUACUGCGCUACCCAAGGUUACGGUGAGUUUAUCAAACCACGUUGGAUGAAUAAAAUCCUUUCCUGGCAAGAGCCUAAAGGAUGCUAUGCCGACGACCGUCAGCCUUUUUUGAAACUCACUGGCUUCGUGGGCCCUGCUAAUUCUCCUGCAACAAAAGAUAGAGAGGAAGAGUAUCGUGUGAAGAAAGUGGCCAAAUCUGAAGGUGGUUCAUGCAACUCUCUGACAUCAGCCAUGGCCCUGGGUUCACUCGUUAUGUACAUACGAGCUUUGCUAGAAACAGACCAAGCAUUUCAAUAUGACGUAUUAAUG